AUGACAAAGGACAUCAGCCUUAAGGCCGCUUGCGCGGACUCCUUCUACUAUCCGCAGGAAUGGGCUCCUUCCAAGGGAUCUCUCGAUGCCUUCCAGCGUAGGAGGGGCUUUGAGCAUCACUUUGGCAAGCAACGCACCAAGAAUCUCAGCAAAGGAGUCCUCUUGAUUCGCUUUGAGAUGCCCUUCACGGUGCAAUGUUUGAGGUGUCAGCAUUACAUCCGCCAAGGAACUCGUUACAAUGCGGACAAGAAGAAGGUGGGGAUGUACUUCACCACUCCACUCUACGAGUUUGCCAUGAACUGUGGCAACAUUGUGCAUCCCGCAAGAUCCGCCAACGGUUCGGCCCAUUGCAACCAGCGUUUUGUCAUCCGCACCGAUCCCAAGAACGAUGACUACGAGCUGGCCGAAGGUCUUCGGAAGAAAGUGGAAAUCUGGGACAACAAGGUGCAGUGGCCCUUGCUGAUCAUUCUGAGGGGGUUUUGA